GAAGUGUGGCAGCUCUCUCAUUAACGCGAUCAUCCACUUGCCUGGAUUCUGCCCGUCUUUGGCCAACGUUACGCUUGGUGCUGGGGAGACUGGCCAGUGCUGGAUGCGGGAUUGGGCCACCCAGAACUGCACCGAUCAGUGCAGCCCGCAGAAGUUUUCUUGCGAAAGUUCGGGCCCUCCUCACCUGUUGCUGGGAGACCGCUACGCCUCUCUGAAGGGCCGCCUGGUGGGGAUGUUCAGGCAGCCGGAGCAGCGAAUCCUCUCCGCGUACUACGACGAUGAUCACAACUUCGGAGCCGCCAAUCAGCUUUUGGCGCAGCUUGGAAGCUGGUGCGGCUCUGAG